UUAAAAAGCAAUACAUUUGUUCUGCUCUGUACGCUUAGGGAGUCCUUACUUUUCUUCCCGCUGCACUUGUUCGUCUUUUAAAAAAGAUAGACAAUCAAUAUUGUAUGGAAUAGAACACCCCAUUUAACAGAUAUAUUGUUAAAACCAAUUGAGCAUUUUAAUGCUGCAUAUGCAAACGUUUGUUUGGAAGUUUAUACACGGCAAUUUAUAGUGUUUCAGCGACUGCAAGCUCGUAAAAAUCGCGUCAUAAACAACUUCAUCACGGACUGAACGGCGCUGUAAAAUUGAACAAAACAUAAAACGAAGCUCACGGCGGGAGGCGUCAUAAAAAUUGUGAAUCGCUGGGAAUGUAUGAAUGGCCUGGUCAAUACUACACAAUAAUAUUUUGAUUUUAAGGUAGCAGUAACCGCGGACCUGUCCGGUAAUUAUGGAUUCUGGUGCUUUAUCGGACGUUCUGGAGGCCAUUCGUGUCAAAGAUACGAUAGCGGACAUGGACGACAGACCUCGGUUCAGGCGUGUGUACGGGACGGACAUCGAUCCAGAAUAUUCAAGAGACAGUGAAUGGCACGAACUUAUCGCGAGACACAAAAUAAAACAACGACUAUUGGAAGCAAAGAACCGUCGAAAGUCCAAAAUAAGGGAUAUGGAAAAACUGAUAGACAACAAUCAGGGUAGCUCGAAUAUAAGUUCUUCCUCAAAAGCAGUGAAAACUAGCAAAGACGACCUCCUAGCCGAGUAUAGGGCGAUGAAAGGAAACUCGGUUAACCUGAAACCAAAGCCACCAGAAGAAAACGAUGUUGAUUCGAUAAAAGAAGACAACGAUUCUGUCCACAGAGGAGGAUAUAAAGAGAAUGAAAACGAGGGAACGAUGAGACCAGCAACUGAGUCUGUUAGUCCUAAAUCUACCCUUGUCGUAUCAGCUAUUAUUGAGACUAUAGAAGUGGGGGGAAAUGACAGAAAACCAGCAUUUGAUGAUCUAGAGAAUAAAUGGAAAGAUGACCAAGCUUUGCAAUCAACUGGUGAUCAUGAUGUGCAGAACGGCGAGACAGAUAAGGUGUGCAAGGAAUCGUCAAAUCUUGCAGGGAAAGAAGACAUUAAUCGGGAAAAGAAUGAUAAAACACAUAUAAAUGAUCUACACGAGUCUUCGAAUAACGACAACCGAGGAGGAAGUGGCCAAGAAGAUGGGGGAAAACCUGAACUGGAGAGACUUCAUAGUUUUUCAGAUGAGGAAGAAAAAGAAAUCAGAGAUGGAGAAGAGAAUGAAAUAGAACAUAUUUUGGGAGAGGGAAAAGAAAAUGGAUCAUCGCCAAAACGCAAGCCGACGAGGGUCAGACAAAGGAAAAAAAAUAAAACUAAACAAGUGACAAAAGAAAACUCGAUAGAUUUCAACAUGACAAGGGGUAUUGAUAAGGAAGGGGAAAUAAAGAAAAAAGUAGAAGUUGAAACAAAGGAAAGCAGUAGCAAUGAGAAACACAGCAAGGCAGCUUCUUUGUGGAAAAAAUCAACCAUGAAAGCGUUGCCAUGGACUGAUAUGUGUUCCAAAUUGCGACAGCGAAUUGCCGAUGAGAACGAGAAACAAAUGGAUCUUCUGGAGACGAUAAGACGACUGAGAGGUAUAUCAAAGGACGAAUUCUACAAGGACAUCGAAUCCGAGUCUUCCGAUUCUGAGCCGGAGCAGGAACCACUCGAAGAUAGCAGGAACAUGGAGACUACCCCUGAACCAGAGCAUGAGCCAAUACCACCGAUAAACGAAGACGAAACAGAGGAAAUCCAUGAAGAAGUGAAAGAUGAGAAGGAAGAGGAAUUCUCAGAAAGCGACGAGACUCCAAAACUUCCUGUCGUCUUUGUUGAAAAGAAAGAUGAGGAAGUACGACAGAAACCGUCAAACAAACGAGUAAUUCCCAGGAUAGAUACUCGCUGGCCUGUUGGUCAUAAGUUCCACACAAAACCAGCUGAACAAAAAUACCUGUCUUUCUAUCUAAAACCUAUCAACCACAAACUCUCAAACAGCAACAUUAGCAUUCACAAUCUUCCACGGACUGCAAAAGAGAUUAAAGAGUAUUUGCAGUGGAGAGAAAAGUUACUAGAAAUAGCAUACUUAAACGAAUUUAGUCAUCUCCGUAAAAUGAGCUUAAUGACUUUCACAAUGCCUUUACCGGGAAUUGAACAGGAAUCAUUUUCAGCAUCCUCAAAUCCAAUUACAAAUAGAUCGUCCUCUCGUUCAACUAACAGUACCUUAAGAAAUAACAGACAAAAUGUAGCGUUUCAACAACACUCUUAUCUAACAUUAAACAAAUCCAAUGGUACACUACAUAAAAGUACCACACCACCCCGGCGCCAAAAGAAACAAAGGAAGAAACCUCGAAAUAGUGAUAUCCAUUACGUUAAUCCUUAUCUGAAUUCAAAGGGAGUUGGACAUUGGAAACAGCAUAAAUCUAAGGAUAAGAAAGUAAAACAUGAAGUGCAUAGCGGUCGUGAUGUUCAUUAUGAACUUCCAGUAGAAAAUGAAUUAGAAACACUAAUGUCAAGGAUUGACGAGGAUUCAUAUCAAGGCAAGUAUGAGAACCGGAACAAGAGUCAGAGCACUGAUAGCGCCAUCAACGAACCGAGUUUUAACAGUGACGAUGAGGAGAGUGACGUCAUCAGAACGACCAUCGGAAGCCUCUCAGUAGAGGAAGGUCAAGUGGAAGAAAGUCAACUCAAUCGUACUCAGGGUGGAAAUACGUACUUCCCAAGGGAGGGAACUAAUGCAAAAUCACAGCGGAAAAAGGUAGGAAGUAAGGGAGGCGAUUUCUUGCAGGCAGCACAUUUAAGGACUGGGCGUUAUCGAUACUUACACCCCUUAAACCCCAAACCAGGACUGCAACAGGUGGACAGAGGAGCACGGCUCUAUAGAAAAGCCAAUAUCAAUUGAUGUCAAAUUAAGACUUGUGCAGACUAUUUUGAAUGAUGACUCACUUAUUUAACGAAAUAUGUCCAUAUCAAAUCGUAAAAAGGUAAUACGAGGUUACCCCGUAAAUUCGAGGGCAAUGUUGUUGUUUUUUUAAUAAAAAAUAGAAUAAAACAUGCAAUUGGCUGAAAUAUUCAGCAAAUCUUUAUCUCUCAUA